GAAAGUACAUAAAUAGCCAGAAGCCAUGUGUGGUUGGGAACUACCGCCCCGGAGGUGCGGAACGACACUCAGUCGCAACUCGGGUGACGAACGUUUUCAAGGAGUUUCGGGACAUUCAAGCAGAAUCAUGUGCCCAGCAAUAAUUGCAGGAGAUUUUUGGACGUUUCGAGGCCAGCGGGACGCAGAGAAAAGGCAGACAGCCGCCACGACUGCAACUAUUUUUUACAGACGAUGAUGACAGGAUUUCUUUCAGGGAAUGCGAAUUUCGUUCCGCUUCCGACCAUUGAAGAAAUAAAGCUAUAGAUACUUACAACGAAACAAGUACAAAAACGAAGUAUACAAUCCACGAUAUAAUUUUACAAAGUUGAGAAGCUGACUGUAUGAUCGUAAUCCACUUGCUAAAGACUGGGCCAUACCAUUUGUUCCAUUUGGAUCUUUUUCACGUCUAAGUAUUUCAAAUGCGGUGCGCCGCCACGGUAUCGCCGUAAGUAUUAUUUCAUACAUUCAUUAUGGGCCAGUUGUGACAGAAGUAGUAUUGAAAGUAGAUUGAUGGGCAUAGCGUCACGACUUCUCCAGCCCUCACAACAUACUUACAAAAAAAUACACUCUAUUUGUUGGCGCCACUAUCCCAUGACCGAACUGAUAUUGAAGCUCUUGAACAUCUUUCAUUCAAUCUUUUUCUAAUAUACCUUUUCCGAGGUGGACUACAGCAUAUUUUUUCUCACUACUACUUU